AUGCGCCUCGCCGGUGGCGCCGGCUCCCCCCGGGCGGCGCCCUCGCUCGGGAACGGCAGCCGGUGGCGGGCGGCGGAGCCCGGCGGCGGCGGCGGCGGCGGCGGCGGCGGCGGCGGCAGCAGCCCCAGCCCCAGCCCCGAGGAGUGGUCGGGGUCGCCCAACGGCAGCCUGGGCGGCUGGGACCCCUUCGGGCGGGACGAGGAGCUGGCGAAGCUGGAGAUCGCCGUGCUGGCCGUCACCUUCGCCGUGGCGGUGGUGGGCAACGGCAGCGUGCUGCUGGCCCUGCGGCGCACGCCCCGCAAGGCGUCCCGCAUGCACCUCUUCAUCCGCCACCUCAGCCUGGCCGACCUGGUGGUGGCCUUCUUCCAGGUGCUGCCCCAGCUCUGCUGGGAGGUGACCCACCGCUUCCACGGCCCCGACGGGCUCUGCCGCGUCGUCAAGCACCUGCAGGUCUUCGGCAUGUUCGCCUCGGCGUACAUGCUGGUGGCCAUGACCGCCGACCGCUACAUCGCCGUCUGCCACCCGCUGAAGACCCUGCAGCAGCCCACGAAGCGCUCCUACGGGAUGAUCGCGGCGGCCUGGGCGCUCAGCCUGCUGCUCAGCACCCCGCAGUACUUCAUCUUCUCCCUCAGCGAGGUGGAGCGCGGCUCGCAGGUCUACGACUGCUGGGCGCACUUCAUCAUGCCCUGGGGGCCCCGCGCCUACAUCACUUGGAUCACCGGCGGCAUCUUCGUCGCGCCCGUCCUCAUCCUCGUCACCUGCUACGGCUUCAUCUGCUACCACAUCUGGCGCAACGUCAGGGGCAAGACGCGCCCGGGGGAGGCGGCGGGCGGCGGGCGGCGGGCGGGCGGCGGCAGCGGCGGCCCGCGGCGGGGGCUGCUGCUCGCCCCCUGUGUCAGCAGCGUCAAGACCAUCUCCCGCGCCAAGAUCCGCACCGUCAAGAUGACCUUCGUCAUCGUCUCGGCGUACGUCGUCUGCUGGGCGCCCUUCUUCACCAUCCAGAUGUGGUCCGUCUGGGACCAGCGCUUCCCCUGGGUCGAUUCUGAAAACACUGCGACUACCGUCACGGCUCUGUUGGCCAGUCUGAACAGUUGCUGUAACCCAUGGAUCUACAUGUUCUUCAGCGGGCACCUCCUGCAAGACUGCAUACAGAGCUUCCCUUGCUGCCAAAAAAUAAAGCAAACGCUGAGUAAAGAAGAUUCAAACAGCAACAGCAGGCGACAGACUUCUUUUACCAACAACAGAAGCCCAACUCACAGCCUGAACACCUGGAGAGAGUCACCCCACUCCAAAUCGACCAGCUUCAUCCCCAUUCCAACCUGAGACAGGCCCGGGGGCAGGCAGAGCUUGCAGCCCCGUAACAGCGCUUGGGAAGGUUCUGGCAUAGCACUUUACACUGGUCAAAGGCACCAGUCAUGGUAACAAGGAACGACUAAGAUGGCCAUAAGACAAAAUGUGCUGCAUUGCUCGAUAAGCUA